AUGGAAAAGUUGGACCGACCAAUUAGUGGAGGAGGCUGGUUUGGGGAAGGUGAUAUUGUAGAUGCAGAAUUAUUGGUGGAUCUUCUUGAGACUUAUAGAUUUGGUAAGGCUAAUGUUCCCGCCGGAAAAAUUCGAUCCAUGGUGGCGGCAGCGACGGCUCCAGCGCCGGACAACACCAAAGAGAUGGAGAAUGAUGAGGACGAUAAUGGAUCUCAAGGAAACAAGUCUGUUCGUGAAAGCACAUCUUCUGAUUCAGAUCCAAUAUCACUCGAGUCUAGUUUGAGCGAAACGGGUUCAAACCAUGAAACCGGUUCAAACAAUGAAAGUAGUUCAAAUAAUGAAACCGGGUUUAACGAUGGCGAGAUUACUAUAAGCGAAACCGGUUCGUCAGAGUCGAGCUCUACAAACUUACCAAAUGGGGGAAGUAGGGGCCUCAUUACAUAG